UAGUUUGGUUUGAAAUUUGAGAGAUAUAAAACAUUAGAGAAUAACACAGGGCAGCAGACUUGUUUCACUCGAAGCUUCAAAAAUAAACCGACAUUGAGCGGCGAUGUCACCAAAGCUGCGACAGAUCGCUGACGACAUUGUCUAUUCUCUCUCUGCGCAUCUAAAAACGGCUAUAAAAGCAGUGUAUUCAUGCUUCCGAUAUCAGUGGGCGCAAUGAACCUGGCCUCGCUCUACCAACGCGCCAACAAGGUGCAGCGUCACGAUGCGAAGCUCAUAUUGGAUGAGUACGCCACCAUUCUUCAGUGGCGCUCCGAUGGGCAGGACAGUUUGUUGGAUGUUGGGUCCGGACCAGGAAAUGUGCUAAUGGACUUUGUGCAUCCACUUCUACCAAAGAACUAUGAGAUGCUAGUUGGCACUGAUGUCUCAAAAAAGAUGGUGGGUUAUGCAAACAAAUUAUACGAGCGUUACGCACGAACGCAGUUUCAAGUCCUGGACAUUGGCUGUGAACAAUUGCCUGAUCAGCUCAAGGGCCGGUUUGAUCACGUCACAUCUUUUUACUGCCUGCAUUGGGUACAGAAUCUGCAGACCGCUUUGCAUAACAUUUACAAUUUGCUGCGAAAUGAAGGUGGCGAUUGCUUACUUGUCUUUCUGGCCACCAAUCCAGUUUAUGAAGUAUACAAGGUGCUGCAAACUGAUAGAAAAUGGGCUAGUUUUAUGCAGGAUGUGGAACAGUUCAUUUCCCCCUUGCAUUAUAGCGACGAUCCUGUCAAUCAGUUCGAUAAACUUUUAAACGAAGCCGGCUUCGUUUAUCGCAGUGUCGAGCUACGCAGCGAGGUUUUUGUCUACGAGGGUGUGCGCACAUUAAAAGACAAUGUUAAGGCCGUUUGCCCUUUCCUGGAGCGUAUUCCAAAGUCCUUGCACGAGGAGUUCCUGGAUGAUUUUGUUGACGUUGUUAUCUCUAUGAACCUCAAAGAAGAUCAGAAAAUCGAUUGCGAAAAAGAUCGGUUAGAAGAUCGAUUUAUAUCGCCUUAUAAACUAGUCGUUGCCUAUGCCCGCAAGUCGCCAGAGUUUAUACGCAAUGUGUUUAGCGAGACUUCUAAUACAAAAGGCGUUAAAUAAAAAGACAUUAGAUGGCAGGGCAGAAUAGAAUAGGAUAGAUAGCUUGAUCAAUGUA